AUGACAGCAACUGAGACUAAGUAUGCGCAAAUAGAAAAAGAGGCUCUGGCGGUUACUUGGGCAUGUGAGCGGUCAAGCAACUACAUAAUUAAAAAGGCGAUAAUAAUAGAAACUGACCAUAAACCACUGGUUCCCCUGCUAACCCAACACACGGUCGACAAACUACCUCCAAGGCUACAACGCUAUAAGAUGAGACUCAUGAGAUUUCACAUCAAGCAAGUCCGACACGUGCCUGGAAAACUACGCUACACAGCUGACACUUUGUCAAGAAAAAUACCUGAGGGCACAGCUCAACCAACGAUAGCAGAACAGGAAAUGAAUACCUACAUCUCCAGUGUAAUGGAAGCACUCCCGGCAUCAAAUCCAAGAUUGAAACAAAUACAACAAGCUCAAGAUGAGGAUGAGGUAUGCAAAGAAGUGAAGAAGUACUGCAUGGAUCAAUGGCCAGACAAGGAUCAUGUCACCCGGGCAGUAAAACCAUACUGGUCAGUACAAGGAGAACUCACAAUUGUUGACGGGUUAUUACUAAAAGGAACAAGACUAGUUAUUCCAUCCAAUCUUCAACGCCAAACCCUUGCCCAAAUACACCAAGGUCACCAAGGGAUUAACAAAUGCAGAGAACGAGCCAAGAUAUCCGUUUGGUGGCCAGGACUUAGUGCACAAAUCAAAACUAUGGUUGAAAAUUGUACACCUUGCAGCAAGCACAGACAACAGCAUGCAGAACCGUUGAUCCCAACGCCACUCCCAGCAAGACCAUGGCAACUGAUCGCAACAGACUUGUUUAUUCUAGAAAAGGUGACCUAUCUACUAGUGGUAGAUUAUUAUUCUCGAUAUGUUGAAGUUGUGGCACUAACCAAAGAUACAAGUUCAACAAAGAUAAUACAAGCUUUAAAAGCCAUCUUCGCCAGGCACGGGAUUCCGGACGAAGUACGUUCCGACAUGGGCCCCAAUACCACAGUGACGAGUUCGCCCAGUUUGCAAAAGAAUGGGGAUUCAAGCAUAGUACCAGUAGUCCUCGCUAUCCUCAAGCGAAUGGAGAGGUAG